AGCGUACCAUUAUUUAGCACGGCAGGCAUAACAAUAAAUGCUUUGUGUUCUGAGCUCCGCUACGGGCGUAGUAAAACUUGGAUUAAACGUACAAGUGGGAGGAUUGUUGCGUCACCAGGCAACCGCAACGAAGCUCAAGAGCAACAAAUCUCAGCCUACACGGCACUCGAGUAGGAGUUGAUCAUUUGACAACGGCGGCAUCAGCAAGCUGUGGUAAUCAUUGGCAACGCCAGGCGUAGUCUAAGCCGCGUUUGAGAGAUGGCAUCGACAUCAGCUGGCACACUAGAGGGCACUCUAAGCAAAUGGACGAAUGUGAUGAAGGGCUGGCAAUACCGCUUCUUUGUAUUGGACGAGAAUGCGGGCUUGCUGUCCUAUUACACAUCCAAGGAGAAAAUGAUGAAAGGCGUUCGACGCGGCUGUGUGAGACUUAAGGAGGCACUCAUUGGUAUUGAUGAUCAGGAGGAUAAUACGUUUACCAUAACUGUCGAUCACAAGACCUUUCAUUUUCAGGCGCGGCAUACCGAGGAGCGUGAGCUAUGGGUGCGGCGACUGGAGGACACAAUACGAAGGCACGCGAAUCGCUCACGUUUGUGGGACAAUCAGAGCUCGUUCUACAUUGCCGGUGGCUUUACGAAGGAGUCAAGUGGCAAACGUGCCAAUCACUUGGAGCUGGUGGGUCGACGCGUCUCCGAGGCGGACGCUUAUCUGCAAUUGAUGAUUGAGCAAACAAAUGCGCUGGACAGACGCAUUGCAGAUCUGAGCGACGAGCUGGAGCAGGCCAAGUGCAAAGCGCUGCAGGACAACGCUUGUGCCAUGUUGGAUCAUAUCAAGCACUCGAUUGUAAGUCUACAAAUUGCCAAAAAUAUGGCGCACCCCAUCAACGGCAUUUACAAUGGCCCAGCAACAACAGCAGCAGCGUCAAUAACAACGGUCAACAACAACAGCAGCAGCAGCAGUAGUGGUGGCAGCGGAUGCGCUGGCGGCGGCGAUAGCAGAGCAGUCGAGGCCAUGACGGCGCUCAAGAGAGAACUGGCUUGUGGCGACGAUGAGGAUGAUUCAACAACGGAGAACGCCACGACAGCACCUUUGGGCUUGAGCCUGGCUGUACCUGAGACCUCUUAUUCGAGUAGCGAAGGUGAAGAGGACUACUAUGAUGCCAACGAUGAUCCGUUUACCAGCCUGGGCAGCUCACCAAUUACUUGCGCUACGCGUGGUUUUGCGGAAACAUCGCCCACGCAUGAAAAGGCGCCGGAGAGCCGCAUAGAUGGCGUGGAGCUUCCAACAACCACCACGACUGCAACAACAAAAUCAACAACAAUAACAGCAGCUCAGUCCCUGCUACCCGAAAUCAAUGAGACAUGCUCAAUUAGGGUGCCGAGCUCACGCUCGUCUAGCUAUGACAAUGGCAUCGAUUACGAUGCGUUGUACGAGGAGGAGGAGGAAAUGGACCUCAGCAUGGAGGCGCAUGGUUCAAUGAUUACGCAUCUGCUGUCGCAGGUCAAGAUUGGCAUGGAUCUGACCAAGGUGGUGCUGCCCACGUUUAUCUUAGAGCGUCGCUCACUGCUGGAAAUGUACGCUGAUUACUUUGCCCAUCCUGAUUUAUUUCUCAAAAUCUCAGAGCUGGAUGACCCACGUGAUCGCAUUGUGCAGGUUUGUCGUUGGUAUCUUAGCGCUUAUCAUGCCGGACGCAAAAGCGCGGUUGCCAAAAAGCCGUACAACCCCAUACUGGGUGAAGUAUUCCAAUGCCACUGGGAUAUACCUGAGGAGACGAAGGAUGUUAAGGAGGUGCAUGAUGGUCCUGUGCCCUGGUGCCGUCGUGAUCAGCUAACAUUCUUGGCCGAGCAAGUGUCUCAUCAUCCGCCAAUUUCUGCCUUUUAUGCGGAGCAUUAUAAUAAGAAAAUUACAUUUACCGCCCAUGUUUGGACCAAAUCAAAGUUUUUGGGCUUGUCCAUUGGUGUGCAUAACAUUGGAGAGGGCAUUGUAACGCUUGUGGAUCGCAGCGAGGAGUACUAUGUCACAUUUCCCAAUGGUUAUGGCAGAUCUAUCUUAACGGUGCCUUGGAUUGAGCUGGGUGGCUCAGUUGAAAUCAAAUGUCCACAGACAGGCUAUUACGCCAACGUUGAGUUUCUCACGAAACCAUUCUACGGCGGCAAGCGCAACAAAGUCUCAGCAGAGAUUUAUGCGCCGAGUGAAAAGAAACCUUUUGUUUCUAUCUCUGGUGAAUGGAGCGGUCUCAUGGAAGCCAAAUGGCAUGACAAGAACAAAACCGAAGUAUUCGUCGACGUAAAUCGCAUACCCAUAUUUAAGAAACAAGUCCGACCAAUCGUUGAGCAGGAUGAAUAUGAAUCGCGACGUGUUUGGAAGGAAGUGACGGCAGGACUCAAAUUCAAUGAUAUCGAACGAGCCACAAAUGCCAAAUUUGUUGUGGAACAGCAGCAACGUGACCAAGCCAAGGUGCGCAAGGAAUACGAUUUGGCCUGGGAACAUAAACAUUUUAAGCCCAUUGGUGAUAACUGGAUCUAUACAAAGCCGUUGAGCCAGCGCGUGUAUCUGCAGGAGAAGGAGGCGAAGAGAUAAUGCCCGAAUGAUCCGCACAACAAUCGACAAAUAAUUGCAAAGCACAUUAACAAAUGUUUGCGUAUGCGUAUAUUGAUCUGUAUAAGUAUAUGAUUCAUAUCAAGAUUGAGCCUCAAGUAUAUUGUAUAAUUUCCAAAAGUGCGCAAAACUCUGUACACGAACGACGAUACAACGUAACAUAUGCAGGAAACGUAAUGUUUUAUACAGUUAUGAGUUAAGAGAGAUGAGAGACAACUAAUCUCUAGUGCCCAUUUAUAAAUUGUAAAUAUUAUAUACACAAUAUGCAAAGCAAAAGCCAACUUUAAGCAAACAGUUGAACGUAAGCAAAAGUGCAAGCAACUAUAAAAAUGAAAAAAAAAAA